AUGACGACUCCCGACGCAUCUCUGCUGGUCCCCAUCAAGCUGGAUAUCUUCGCCAUUGGCGAUCCUGCUGCUUACGCCUCACACUGUCCCAGCGUCACGCUGCUGCCCACCAACCCGUUCGACUAUUCACGCCUACGCCUGGAGCCCAAGACUCUGCACGCCGACCUGCAGGAACACGCCGACUUUGCGAGCGCACGCCCCGCUGCAGCGAACCCCCGGCUGGUCGAUGUGGCCACAGGCAGGCCCCGCGACAAUGUUUCGGGCGUGUAUCUCUCCUGGACGCUGCCGCAGAUCUACCGCCGGGAGACCAUCGCCCUGCCGGGGGCCCCGAGAGCCCCGGGAGCCCCGGGGGUCGUGGCCCCGGCAGCGCCUAACCGCUGGAUGGUGGCCAGGGUAACGCGCAGCCCGGCGACCAACGCCGGCUGGGUGAUUGAAAGCGAUGUAUGCCGACAUAUCGAUACAGUGGACGCUUCGGUCGACCUCUUAACCGAAGCAGCGCUGUGCAUGGCCCCGACGACAGGCGGAGCUCCCUCUACUGUGUCCCUGGAAGGACAAGGCGAGUACUUCCUCGGUGCCCAACGGCCCCUGGAGAACUGGGUAGAAGAGGCAGCAGAGACGGUUCGCAUCAAGCCUUUGACGGCCAACGGGGCGGGCAAUGUGCUGUUCGCCGACUACCAGCCGCAUAACCCUAAUGUCUUCAGUUUCCGCGAUCCGCUCGACGGUGUCCCUCCAGGGACCCAGAUUGGGUAUUCCGUGGUUGGGUGGCAUGCGGAUGCCGCCGAGGACCCGUUCAUGAGGCAGGAUGGCCAGGAACAGGUUACCAAUGAGGAUCUCCUCGCCCAGUUCGGGCUGCGACUGGAUGACAGCCCCGGGGCCGCACCCUGGACGGCGUCGACCCUGCCGGCGCGACAUCUCUGCCAUGGCAGCACGUACACGCUGCUGACUUGGAGCCCGGAGUCAGGGGCAUCCCCGCCGCCGGAUGACCCCAAGAUCUCGGCUCAAGCUGCAGCAACACGGCUGCAAGCCAAGGGGAGUGUUGCUGUUGGGGCGGACCCGAUGGAUGCAUUUGGGGCGUUCCUGCACUCCGCUGGUAGGGGCCAGACGCAUCUCGAUUUCCGGACGCUGCAGGCCCUGGCCGCCAGCGGGAGACCCGACGCCGCGGUGGACGAGCAGACGGCCGCAGAGCAGAGACUCGCCAUCCUGCGCGAGUUCAAGGUGCUGGAUGGAGGCAGUCGCUGGAAGGUGCAGCCCGCCGAGGAGAAGAAUACCUCCCAGGACUCUGCCCUUACCAUGCGGCUGGACAGCAGGCAGAAGACGGCAUUGCACCAGCUGCAUGAAGCCCAAUGGGCCUACAAUCACUUGCAGUUCAACCUCGACCACCGCCGCUGGAAGCUGUUCUGCGAGUGGUGGCGCUGCAUCAACGCCGAGCAGGACGCGGCCAGCGAGGCCUCCAGCGGGAUGAGGCAUACCCAGCUGGUCGCCGAGAUCGCCACGCUCCUCGCCGCACUCGAGAGCCUUCAAGAUGAGCUGGCAGGGCUGCAGAGCGCGCUCCCAGAGGUCGUCAAGGUCCCUGAUGAAGCCUUUGUGCGGCGUAAAGACCCGACGCUCGCCCUGCUGGGCUGCCGCUCCCCCUGGCCCCGGGGCUUCUCAGACGCCCAGCCGGUGCGGCUGCUCCGCCAGUGCGUGAGCGUCUUCCAGCCCGACCGGUUCGGCGUGGAGGCCUUUGGUGAGGCCGUCGACAUGGCCGACCGCAUCGUCGCGCUGCCCGCCGCUGCCAGGGCUGUCCACGGCGAGCACUGCGGGUAUAUGAGCGUGCGUUGCGGCGAUCCAUUGCCGCCGCUGGCCCCCGGGCAGGUUGAACCGCCGUACCGUGACGCAGUGUAUAACACGGCAGCGAUAGUGGACAGCCCCCUGGUCCCCCUGUACAUCGAGUGGGAGGCGGAAUACUCGCACAUCCCCUACAGCCUGUGGGAGCCGCGACAGGUCCCCGGGACGAGGGGGGCGGCCCAGGCAUACUGUGAGCUGGUCCAGGGGGUCACCGCCACCACCGCGCUCUCUGCCCACAGUCUGGAGCGACGUGCGCUGGGGGGCCGGGCGAUCAUCCAUCCAGGGCCCGGCCACUCGCUGGCCAACGCCCUGCGGCAGUCAAUGGCAAGGAUGCCGGCGCAGGUCUUGAAUGAAGAACUGCCGGCUGGCGAGCGAGAGUCGCUCAUUGCCAGCCUGGAAAACGACAUCCCCGCGCUGACAUGCCGCCUGGAUGGACUCUCGGACCAGCUCACCACCCUCAUCAGUGGCACGACGCAUGUACGGCCGACCCUGCCCGACGGGACUGUGCUGGACGACGCCGUCCGGGCUGCCCGGGGCGCUGGAUUCACCCGCGAGACGCUGCGUCUGGUGAAGAACCAGUGCGACCCGGUCCCUUAUGGCGAUGCCGUCGACCCAGACGCGGUCUUUGUCCCCGUCACCCACGGCCAGGUCAAGUUCACCAAGCUGAACGUGAUUGACAAGUUUGGCCGUGGCGUGGAGAUUAUGCGCGGCCCAGAUGGACUCGCACCCUCUCUGUCUGCCGGGUACAUGCCAUCCCCCCGGACAGACAGCGACUCGGGCAGGGAAGUUCCCAAUAUCGUGGCCCCUCGCGACGACGACAACUGUGAGUAUUUCCAGCUCCCGCCCUCGAUCAACCAGCCGGCGCGCCUGGUGAGUGCCUAUCUCCAGCCGGGCGCCGACGGCGACAGCCCCUGGGUGCGCUGUAGUGAAUGGGAGGACCCCGUCUGCGGGUAUAUCAUGUACAACAGCGCCGAUCUCUCCUUGCAGGUCUUCACGGCAGCCGGGGCUCUGUACGCGGAGGUCUUGACGUUCCCGGGGGGCGACAACGCCCCGAGGAGGAGGGCACGAUGUAGUGUACCCCCGGGGAGACAGGAAGACGAUGCCUUCUCUGGCGGAUGGAAGACCGCCCUUCUGGAUCGGUAUAUCAAGGCGCUGCAGACGCCCCAGUACGCCCUGCGCAUGGUGGAGAUCCUGGGGGACGCGGCGAGCUGCUCAGCGCCUCCCCCGGCGUCGUAUUCAGCGGUCAUGAACGCCGGGUUUGGCCGUCCCUUUGCCCUGGCGGUUGCCGGAUGGUCUAUUGAGCUGUCUCAUGAGCCACUUCAACCACAGACGACGGCCUGCCAGAGCCAGACAGGGCCAGCCCUGUGCGAUUAUGAAUUCCCGCUGCAGCUCGGGCUCAAGCAGCACUCCGAAGACGGGCUGGCAGCGUAUUUCCCCAUGCUGGACGACGACUCUCUGCAGCCGGACUUUGGCGAGAUCCAUACCUUCUGGCCGGGUGAGGCAGUGGACAGCACAGAGACCAAUACCUUCACCUGUACGCCGAUCCAUGCUGCCUCCCUGCCGACUCUUCAGGCGCAUCAUGUCGACCCCUUUGAAGGGACGCAGCUGCGCACCGUGAGGAGCAUGGCUAGGGAGAGAGACGAGCAGCUGCGCCCCUUUGGACUGCUGGUUGAUGUCUUCCACCCGCUGACGGCGCAGACGGGGGUGCUCCCGCCUGCAACACUGCCGCUGCCCGCGGCGAUGGUGCACCAGGCGUUGAAGUCGAUGCGAGUUUCCUUCCGCUCAGGGCCCUUUCUCUGCCGUGACGAUCCGUUGCAGUCUGUGCCGGACCCUGCAGCGCAAGACAUCCAGCCCCCGGGUAUUGAUGCGAUUCCUGUCCUGCCGUACGGUAAGUGGUCGUGGCUGCAGCCCUAUAUCGCAGACGGGCAGACGCUGUAUUCCAGCUGCAAGAUCAACAAGAGCGCGCAGUCUGGCUCGUUGAAUAUCGAUGUGAACUAUCCAUAUACCAUGGUCGACGGUAUUCUCCAGUCUGAUGAGCCUCUGUUGCAGACCUAG